GACAUGGCAUCUGGAAGCUCCAGUACUCAGAAAACAUCCUCUGCAGCUCUCCACAAAAACACACCCCACAGACAAACAAAAAGAUUAAAGACAAAGACAAGAUUUGCCACUGCUCAGAGUGUGGAAAGAGUUUUACUGUACAGAGUCAGUUCCGAAGACACCAACGCAUUCACACAGGAGAGAAACCAUAUUACUGCUCAGAGUGUGGGAAGAGUUUUAGUCAGCAGGGUCAUUUCAAAAUACACCAGCGCAUUCACACAGGAAUAAAACCGUAUCACUGCUCUGAGUGUGGACAGACUUUUAAAGAAAGUGGUAACCUUAAGAUUCAUCAGCGCAUUCACACAGGAGAGAAACCGUAUCACUGCUCAGAGUGUGGGAAGAGUUUUAGUCAGCAGGGUCAUCUCCAAGCACAUCAACAUGUUCACAGUGGAGAAAAACUGUAUUACUGCUCAGAGUGUGGGAAGAGUUUUAAUCAUCAGGGUCAUCUCCAAGCACACCAACGUAUUCAUACAGGAGAGAAACCGUAUCACUGCUCAGAGUGUGGACAGAGCUUUAGACAAAGUGGUUCCCUUAAGAAACACCAGCGCGUUCACACAGGAGAGAAACCGUAUCACUGCUUAGAGUGUGGAAAGAGUUUUACUAGACAGAAUACUCUCCUAAUCCACCAGCGCCUUCAUACUGGAGAGAAACCAUAUAACUGUUCAGAAUGUGGACAGAGCUUUAGAGAAAGUGGUAACUUCAAGAAACACCAGCGCAUUCACACAGGGGAGAAACCGUAUUACUGCUCAGAGUGUGGCAGGUGUUUUAGAGAAAGUGGUACCCUCAAAACACACCAGCGCAUUCACACAGGAGAGAAACCGUAUGACUGCUCAGAGUGUGGAAAAAGCUUCAGACAUUCAAAUUUAAAGAGACACAAAUGCAUUAAGAGAGAGAAGAUUUGAGAACUGAAGAGAUCUUGUAGAUCUUUUAAUAUCAUUGUAAGAGGACGUUCUCAAUAGUCUCCAGAUACAAGUCUCCACAGAAACACAGUGUCUGACUGAAGUGACUCCAUCAGUAAGCUUUCCAAGCAGUUGAAGAGAAGUUGCUGUUUUCAUGUUUCGUCUUCUGAGAAUCAAGAAGUACAUAGAUUCAGGUCAGAACUACAGCAUGCUGUUCUGAGUGAGAAGAAAACUACCCUGAUUGAAACAUCCAACUGAACUAUCUGCUGAACAGUCAUUUCUGUUAUAAUAGAAGACAAUCAUUGUUACGGUGGAAUUCUACUAUAGCAAAACUUCAUUUUUUUCAUUUAUCUAAGAGAACCAUCUGAGAGAUUUGAGGAAAAGGACAAAUCUACUUUCUAUAGGUUUCAUACUUAAGCUUUGGCAUUUAUACUUUUUCAGACAGUCACAUGGGGUGGCAAAGGUUUAGUGAGCAAAGUCAUUAUUAUUAGACACCCUUUGUUCAGGGAUGCUCACUAGAACACUAGGUUCUGCUGGAUUCAAUGUGAUCCAUGAUUGUGGCCAGUAACGAAAACAAAAAGGACAGCUGUGUGACCUUCAGUGGGGAAUGAGUAGUUGGUUCAACAGCAGUGAAGCUAUUGAAGGAACUUCCUGUCAAACACCUUAAAGCACACACCACAAACCCUCUGAUGGUGAUGGAUAUAUUGUGAUUUCAUAUAUCUCUGUACCACAGCCUGCUAAAGAUCAUAACUAUGAUGACAGUGAAAUCAUUGAUGAAAGUGACACAAUCAUCAUUAUCAUACAUCUUGUCUUUAAGCUAGAAAGGAAAGAAAAAUUCAGGACAGACAUCCAACAUAUGUAGUGAAGAUGAUCCUAAGGAGAAGGUCUGGAGCUGAAUGUGAAUGUGGUGCACAUCUUCAGAAAUUCAUUGUCUAGUGGACAUGCCUUGGAACAUUCAUUCAGGCACCUGAAAGUCUACUGCUAUCUCUAGUGACUCACAUCCCUCAAUGUGUAGAUAAAAACAAAAGUGAUCCAGUUGUUCAGCAUAGUCUGGUUGAAUUGUCAUUGUACAAACUCAACUCAGAGUGUCUUUCUUGCCCAUAAAAUGUCAAUUUUUUUAGCAGCUCAGCAUGUAGAGUUGGCAGAAAUGGGAGGGGAAAACUCAGGGAGGACAAACAGUAACUCCUGGCUUAUAUGUUAUGAUACAGAAAGAUUGCAUACUUCCUUGCUUCAGUGUGUCCUUUGUAUGUUGUUAUAUCUAUGUAUAUCAUGCAUCGUUUUGUCUUUUACCAUUUGCUUUAUUACUAACUUUGUAAUUUGUUUUACCAUAUGUGAGUGUAUCUUGUCACAUAAUCUCAAGUAAAACUAAGAUAAGCACUUAACUAACAUUAAGUGUUCAAAUGACCAGUUUUCAGUUCUUGUUAUCUCCUUGUAUAGCUGAUUCUGAGACUAUUUGAUCCUGUUUGCCUGGUCUUCUAAAGCUUAAGUCUACCCCACUUUAACUGUAAGCUUUUCAUACAAUUUUACAACCUGUCCAGUGAUGUCUUCCAGAGUCUACUCUGGUAGAAAAACUUCCAAGGUACCCACUGAAUGAAAAGAGUAAAUACCACCAAACAGAUCUGAAUAUGCUACCAAAGGCUCAGUAUACAAUUCUGGAAAACAAUUGUUGAUAUUUGAACUCAACAGCAAAACAAAUACAAUCCGCCCUUCAGAAACGUUGCCCUCAUUGCCUAU